CUGGUAAUGAUGUCCAAUUUUCUCAGCAGUGUUUCUUUACAAAACCCACCAUAAUAGUCACGUGCACAGAAUAGGGUUCAUAGGUCAAACAAAACUAAAAUGGCUGAGGCAGAGCAACAUAUUCCAGAGGAGGAAGAAGAGGAUCCUGAAGACCCUCAGGAUGUCCUGAAGGAGAAGUGUGGAGAAUUGCCUGAUUGUGUCAAGCUCAAAGAAUUAUUUGAUGAGUGCGAAGAAGCUGUGGAAUCCGGAGAGAAAACGACUGAUUGUUCACGACAGCUUAUAGAUUUUCUCGGCUGUGUAGACAAAUGUGUUGCCAGGAAUAUACUUUCCAAGCUAAAGUAGUUCCAAAAAGACACACUUUCUUCCAUGUGCAGUCACCACUAGGUCUAGGAGUAUAAUUUUGUGUUAUAGUAGAUGCUCAUAAUUGAACCGGUCUAUAUAUCCAUUGUCUUUCUGUUGUUUAUUUAUUGGAAAUGUUGACAUAAGAAACAAGAUUUGUAGAACAAAGAA